UUCCCUUUCAUGUUUCUCGACGUGACGUGCUGCUCCUCCUCUUUUUAGGAACUUGGCCCGUUUUAAUCCGUUUUAGGGCGCUGGAGGAGGGGGAGCGAUGGCUUGGUGGCAACAGGUGCUUGCAGUCGACGCCAAGUUUAAUAACCACAGAGCUCCAGCUGCACCAGGCUUCAAGACCCUCUAUAUCCGACGACGUAGCCAACUGCUGAGGGACAGUGCACGGGAGGAGGACGGGACAGCGGUGCGUAAUUACCUGCGGCUGAGACUCUCCCUACUCCAGCAACGUUACGGGGUCACCCUAGACCAACUCAGCCUGAAAAGUCGGCCUUCAAGUUUGAGGUCGGCAUCCCGUCUCACAGUAGAGGGUGACUCACCUCGCAUGAGUAGAAGCAUGAGCUUAGCGAUGUCACAGGCUGGAGGACAGAGCAUAGAGGGACCCCAUGGGCCUCCCCAGCCCGGAACUGUUGUGCCGACACAGCGUGCCGAAGCAUCAAAGGCCAUUGUUGGGGGUAAAUCUAUAGGAGAGAAUUAUGCUUUUUCAGGAGUGCACCAUAUUUUUGACCAGCACACAGAUAGCGUCACAAUGGUGAAAUUCGCACACAAUGACCAGGGCCUUCUAGCCUGCUCCUCCUUGGACGGAACGCUCUCCAUAUGCCAAGUGGCCGAGGGACAGCCACGCGUCAUUCAUACUCUGCGUCACCACACUGCAGGAGUCACAGGCUUUGAUUGGUCAUCAACAAAUGACCUCUUGCUAUCUGGGGGAGAGGAUGGGGUAGUGUGUCUCUGGAGCUCGUCGAGUGGAGAAUGCCUGCGCACUGUUAGCGACCAGUCUGGGGCUAAUGUUCUGUCCUGUGUCUUUCACCCUUUCAACUCCAAUUGGGCUGUUGUAGGUAACAGUAAUGGACUAGUGCAGGUCCUGAACAUGUCAACCGGCCAUUAUCCUAAAGGAGGAACGAGCAAGGUAGCAGGCCAUGUAACGGCACUAAAUUUUGACUCCUCUGGCAAGACACUCUGGGCUGGUGAUGAUAAGGGAACGAUUGUGUCGUUUCUUUUUGACCUUGGGAGUGGAUGUCUAAAGAAGGGCAAGAGAUGUGUGGUUCAAGAAGGCGCUGCCAUUACCAGCCUGUCCGCACGCACAUGGGCCAGCAGAGAGGCUCCCAACCCAACUCUCCUUGUCAGUGCGAGCUGUAAUGCUUUGCUGCUGUACAGAGUGGCAGACAAGGAUGGUGGCUUGCGGUUGAGACGUAAAUUUAAUGUGGCUCACAUGUACCAGCCUGUGAGGUCGACAUUCUGCCCCCUCAUGUCCUUUAGGCAAGGAGCCUGUGUAGUUACUGGCUUGUGAAGACUGCAGUGUCCUGUUCCUCGAUGUCGAGCGUGACAGCGCCUCUCAUCAAUCGCCUUCAGGGUCACGCGGCUCCCGUUCUUGGUGUGAGCUUCAACUACGACGAGUCUCUCCUCGCCACAUCAGAUGCCACAGGCCUU